UGCUAUCGGUAAUGUAGGAACUUUUAAACGCAGUCUACAGUGUUACCAAGCACGCUAAAAAAGAAAAAAAACAGGAAGUUGUAACUUUCUUUUAUUAAUUAGAUGGGUAUAUGCAAAGAUGCUGCAUGUGACAACAGAAAUAGGAAAACCAGGGAAACAAGAGCGUGAGAAACGCCACUUUCCGUACUUACAGAAUCAGCCAACUUCACCUACAUAUAAGCCAAGAGGACGUAGAUAUUUACCACAUGGAUAUGGCAUGUAUGAUGAGUGGAAGCCUCAUCCCCAGGGGAUUCAACCUGAAUAUACAGAGAAUGGACCAGACUGGAAAUCACGAUUGAAGUACAUUCCCCACCCAGAGUCAAAUAAGUAUCCUGCCAUGGAAAUCUUUGAAAAUAAUUGGAAAGCAAUGAGGCCCUUCCCAUGUGGACCAUCAAGGAUGUACCAGGUUCUAAGUGAUACCUAUAUGAAGACAGAAAGGGAGUGGUUAUUGGACCCCGGCUUGUCAAACAGAGGUAUGAAGUGCAGUUUUAACGGUGAGCACAUGGCUACACGGACAUCUCAAGAUGAGAUAACUCACACAAUGUUGUUUGGUAGAGGAAGAACAGUUAAUUGGAUAGACAAGAGGAAUGGUAUUGGGGAAAGUUCUCCUGGAGAUAAACCUUAUAAAACACCAGAGUAUUCAAACAAAUUUCACAAACUUGGAUCAUCAUUGCCCGUCAUAGACUUUGGAUUUAUAAGGCCACCUAUUGUUAGACGGAACGAGGAAGAGUGUCCUAAACUCCUGGACACUCCAGUUAUCUUAAGCGCUAACAGUCCAUGGAAGAAAGGUCCAGACACGUUUGUACCUUUACAGCCGUUACCAUCUGAACCAAGAGAGCCGUUUAGAGUGAAGGCACGUCGUGAAGAAAAAGAGCUGGAGAAGAAGACAGUUAGAGCUUUAGAUGAAUGGAGACCUGCAACGCCAUUAAAACCCGAGAGAGUUGAUGAGAAAAAAUAAAUCAUCACAAGUUAUAAUUGUUACAUAUAGAAACCUGGGGCACUUAUAGAACAUUAAACUGCUGCAAGAAGAAACAAGAAUAAAGGAACUAAGUAUUAAGUUGAAAAUGCUACAAAUAUAGUAUAUAUAAUCUGAAACUUACUAUCCGAAACUUCAGGGUCAGUUUUGGCCAAUACAUACAUUUGAACAUUUUUCGAUGUUUUCUUCAAAAAAGGGAGAUUUUAGAAUUUGCAAAAAACAAAGAAGAAAGUUAUGAUAUCAAAAAGAGGAAGAUUUCUUUAAUUUGUGUAAAUACCUCUUAUUUUAAAAAUAUUGUUGCAGAAAGUGGGAGUCUCCCGCUAAAAGUGGGAGAGUUCACAUGUAUGCCAAUAAUUAAUAAAAUAUGAUGAGGUUUUAUGAUAUGUGACCUGAAACAUCAUUUUGUUAGGUACUUCUUUCUGGUAGUUUUGUCAUCUUUGGAUUCAGAAAUUUGUAUUAAAAAGAAAAUGUCAUGUUGACAAUUAUCAUCAUACUUAUAAACUUUAUCUAAUAUUGAUAAUAGCUUUUAUUUGAAUAGAAUCAUUGGAAAGCUAGUUACUUAAGAUUUGUUAUUUUCAUUUUUAAGAAAAGACAAAGUGAUUUCAUGUAUGUCACACAAUUCUUUCUUCACUUAAGUGUUUUUAUUUCUGGUGCUUUUGUGAAAAGGGUAUUGCCUACUAAGUAUUUUAACCCCUUCCUAUUUACUUAUUGUAAUUUGAAUAUACUAGAUGUUUCUGGUCAUAUUCUGUGAUGAUAUAAAUGAUGUGUUUUUGUAUUUGAUUUAAUUUUAUGACCUUUAAAAGGACUAAUUGUUUGUUAAAAGUUCAUAUAAUGUAUGUUUUGUUAAAGUCUA